UUAUUGCUAGGAAAAACAGUAGUACGAGUCUAGUAGUAACAAUAACAGCAUUCACUCAUUUUCUCCGCCGCUGAGGGCUGACCGGAUUCCCUCUGAAAUUCACCUGCAGUCGGUUCCAGUCCACCCAUCUCCAUCGAAGAAGACUGGGGUUGAAGAGGAACGUCUUAGGCAAACGCAGUUUAGCUCCCCUUUUCUGGCCAAGCUAAUCCCUAUAGCUUAGGCUUAGCUACCUUCAGAUUAAGUCAAACGCAGCAGCAAUUGCCAACAGGAGUGUAAGAUACUACUACGACUACUUGGAGGGCACAACAACAGUAAUGCAAACAACGAGUUAUCACCAAGAGAGCAAGAUAGGUUUUUGCCCAUAGCUAACGUGAGCAGGAUCAUGAAGAAAGCCUUGCCAGCCAACGCCAAGAUCUCCAAGGAUGCUAAAGAGACUGUGCAAGAGUGUGUCUCCGAGUUCAUCAGCUUCAUCACCGGGGAAGCCUCCGAUAAGUGCCAGAGAGAGAAGAGGAAGACCAUCAACGGGGACGAUCUUUUGUGGGCCAUGACCACGCUAGGCUUUGAGGACUAUGUCGAGCCUUUGAAGGUUUAUCUGCACAAGUUCAGGGAGAUGGAGGGAGAGAGGACGGCCCUUGGAAGGCAACCGACUGAUCAGAGAGAUGGCUCUUCCGCUGAUGACAGCACUAACGCUGCCGCUGGGGGUGCUUUUGCUGGACCUGCCAUGUAUGGUGGGAUGCAGUCAACCAUGAUGUUGAUGGGGCAUCAUCAUCAUCAAUCCCAUAUGUAUGGAUCUGGCACUGGCAGUGGAGCCUCCUCCGGCAGGCCUAGGUAGAUUAAUUAAGCACUGCUAAUUCGCAGCAGUUUGUUCAUAUCUCUUUUACUCAUGCAUGAUUUCAUUCCAAACUUUUCCUAGUGUUUUUCAUGCCUUUGAUUGGAGAGAAUAUGUGUGGAGAUAGAUUAUUCCCUUUCACUUUUGUGGACUUGGAGAAGGAGAAAAUAUAUAACAUAUAUAUAUAUAUAUACACACACACUAAUAUCAACUACUUGAACAUUACAUUUAUAUACCAUGUACAGUUAUCCCAUAAAUUCAAUGCAGUUAUAGUUAAAUUCAAGUCUUGUAUUACUAUGCUGUAUAGUUUUAUUCUUUGGGGUUGGUCAUCCCCAUGUUUAGUGAUUGGUACUGCACAUUUGAGUCUGUGAUAUGGAAGGU